AUGAGCUCGCCGCAGAAGAAGACCGCCGCCGCAACAGAGGGUAACCUCUCUGUUGCUCAGUACCAUGGGCGCCAGCAGGCAAAGCGCGACGCCCUCGCUGCAAAGGCCGCGUCGGGGACAACCCAGUCGGAGAUUGCCCUCGAAGGUUCCUCUGUAGUCAACGACGCCGUUGACUACGGGAGUGACGACGUAGAGAUGGAAGAGGGCGAGGCAUCUUCCAACAAGCGCAAGGAGUCUAUCGACAGUGAUAGUCUCGACCCGCAUGCCGGGUCGAGACGCCCUCGUGAAGGAGACGACUCGGACGCUUCAAGCUCGAAGCGUUCGCGCGGCGAGAGCGAAACUCCGCUCUCCGCUGCUGGGGCUUUAAGCUCCCCGCGUGAGGUGGCGUCUUCAAGUUCCCCGCGCGCUGCUCAGGUAGCGCGCGAUCCGUGGAUGCCGUCUGCGUCAGAGAUCGCAGACCGUGUGGGCAACACCGCGCCUCCAAAUGAAAUUCCGCUGUACGUAUGCAGCGGGAUCCACAAUGAUGUUGUGGCGGAGGAGCAGCACUUUGAUCCAUUAACGAAUCAAAGGCGCGAUUACUAUAUCGGACUCUUUCACGAGCUCCGAUACUUCUCCAGCACGAAGACCUCUUCUCGCAGCAAAAACUUCAACAAGAAGCCGGCUGCUUACCGUGAGCGGGUUAAGCACGCCCGUGAGCGCUUCGAGACAUUCUCGACGCGCGGGAGGCUGGAGCAGCUCCACAGAUCCUCUGUGGACGCUGGUAUUCCAUGCGCUGUGCCCGAAGGCCAUCAGUGCACGUUGUGUCUUCCGGGUGCGGUGCGCUUGAGCGACCGCGACCUAAACGGGUACACGACGAUUCGUGUACCUGAGAGUCUCAAGGAUCUCCGUGCCAAGUUCUUGGCACGCGAGGAACGCGACGAUCGUGGGACCUCGGGCGCUGUAGGUGACCACAGCGCUCGCACUACCUUCGCGUCGGCAGUGCGUGGUGAGUUUCGUACGCCCUCACCAUUUCCGGAACGGCCUGCAGCAGGACGUCCCGUGGCUCCCAUGUAUCUUGGUGGGGCGGAAACCCUCUCCAACGAAUACGAUAACGAACCGGCUGCCGGUUCGUUUUUGGGAUACUAUGGUUCACAAUACGCUCAACAAUCCAGCGUGUUGAGCCGCGGGCGUCGCGGAUCGGAGGCGGCGGUGGUGGGAACACGCCCUGGGUAUGGUCAACCUGGGGUUGACCUUGGCCCGACGCUCGAGGAGCGGGUCGCUGCUGUGGAACAGCAUCAGAGCCGGGAGUUCGCCGCUCUGAAGCAGGAGGUGGAGAUCCUGAGGGCUCAAGUCGCUCAGGCCUCGCCGACCACGUCGGACAUCUCUGUCGACGUGGGAGGUCGCGUCGCACGCUUGGCCCAGCGCGUUCACGCGCUGGAGCAGAGGUUUGCUCCCGCUGGGGCUUCCGCUUCGGGCCAGCCGAGCUACGUGGCUCGUGCUGCUGGUAUGGCUUCAGCCGCCCGAUGUAAAAGGUCGGAUGGAGGCGCAUGCUAG